UGGCCAGAGUAAACAGCACGCCUCCGCUAGUACCACCCCCAUUGUUUCCACAUUCAGGCCAAUGAAUGGCGUUCAGUGCGGCUUUAUCUAUUUAGCUAUCCCUCAACAGUUGCUGAGGAACGCCUCUCAACAAGUGAGGAGGUCAAUGAGCGUGUCACAGAGUUGGAUAAAAGCUUCACCAAGUAUAAGGGCACUGUAAAGGACUGCUUGAAGAGAAGAACACCAGUAAAGAAUAUUGUAGAUACACUAACAUCUGCAGACACUGAUGAGUAUCAAAAGGCAUUUCUAGAAGCUAAAGUGGACAAGCUGUGUCAAGCGGUUGAGCACAAUGACCACAAUCGUCUGUUCGUAACAAUGAACUUUAACUGGAACUAUCUCGACCCCAGUCUGCUGGAUCUCCUUGUCAGAGAGUUUGAUUUGGAAGAGGUAAAAGUACAGAUGGACGCCUACCAGUCUGAUCUGAAACGGUUUAGAGUGCAAACACCGCUGACUCCUUUCUGCCAAGUGUGCAGGAGAAAGAGACUUCGAUCGUCACCAGACUUCCAGGCUGCAGUUGCUGAGUUUGAAUGGCCAGAUGAUGUGACGCUGGAAGUCGUGGAGCAGUUCCGUCAAGAGCAUGCCUCUCACUACGAUCUCCGUGAAUGUGCUAUGGUGCUCUAUUCAAGUGAGGAUCUUCAUUGUUUGAUGUUUGACUAUAGUAAAGACCCGUCUAUUGCAUUUGGCAUCCUCCCAAAAUGUUAGAUCUGUUGCCAAAGAGCAUUUGGCACUUGUAUUCAUGGAUUCAGCCACUCACUUUCUCAACAAAAAGGGGUGACUACUUCCAGCUACACAUUUUGCACUCCACACAGUGUGUUAGAAUAGUACCUACACAUGUGUUCUCUCUCUUCCAUCACAGCACUAGAUGUUUCUUCCACCCCAAACUCAAAAAGGGUUUGCAGAAACUGACUAAGAGAAUGGUGAGGUGGUCUCACUGGUCUAUCUGUACUAAACUAUGUGUCUCAACCUUAUUGUGUGCAGGUGUAACGACUGAUCAACCAUGCGUGCAGAACUCAUUUUCUGUCCUAGAAAUACCCUUUUUUGGUGCAAAGGGAGAGUUUUCAAUGACAUAAUGCGUUUGAAGUCAUGCGCGCCCAAGCACACGUAUUAUAAUACACGCGCAUGCGGAAGCGCUGUAGGGAGAAUGGCUGUCGCGGACCAUGCGGACUCAGUCGCGGAGAGCUCGGAGGAGACUUUGCUGACUCCCGAUGAUACCGAAAGCGUGUAUUUAGAUCUAUUCCCGGCAAGAAACCGCUCCUACUACCUCGCUCUCAACUUGAGGUUGCCCAAAGACGUAGUGGAAGACAUACAUGUGGCUCAUAAAAAGCCGGGCCAUCGGCUCCGCCGCGUCGUGGAGGAAGUUUUGAGCCGUGGGUCCAGCGCGACGUGGAGGGAUAUUGUAGACGCCCUCAGGCAUCCUGAAGUCAAUAUGUCCCCACUGGCUAACACGAUAGAGGCACGUUUCCCAGACCCUGAGCAGCCUAUCCCCGAAUCCCCUUCUGUUGAAGAACCUGUUGCUUCAGAAACGGAAAAGACCUGCCAGCCAGCUCUUCCUACUUCCCUGACUUUGGCUACAUUGUCCAGUCUGGGAACUGUACCAUCUGACAAACAAAAAUCAACUGAUGCAUCAACCACUGUACAAUCUUCCAAUCAACCUGCAACUGGCAGAGUUGCAGUCCAUCACGGGAGGAGUAAGUAUGGAGUGAAACGGAUAAUCAGAGAGCUAGAAAAAGGGUUCGAAUGUCUCAAGGACUCUGUUGGAGAAUGCAUCAGGAAACGAAACGUUGAUGUUUCGGACGUUUUGGAUGCUCUGACGUCACUUGGUGCUGACGAUAACGACCAUCACAAAAUGUUCCUCGAAAGGAACUUGGAUGAUCUCGUCAAGGCAGCGGAUAAUUCCACACUGUUCGAGAAGAUGAAAUCGCACUGGAACUACCUCGACCCCAGUCUACUGGAUCACCUCGUUGGUGAGCUGGAUUUGGACGAGGUCAAAGGACAGAUGAAAAAGUACAAGUGUGAUCUACAGCAGUUCAAAUCGGAGACGCCGUUGGCACUGUUCUGCCAGACACAACCGGAAAAGGCAGUGAAGCCCUCGCGAGCAUUUCGAGAGAUGGUUGCAGAUUUCAAAUGGCCAAAGAAUCGCUACCGUGUCACGCUAGAGGUUGUGGAGCAGUUUCAGCAAGAGUAUGCAUCCCACUACAGCCUCCAUCAGUGUGCCAUGAUGGUUCAGAAGUCCUUUCCACGCUCUUCAUUGUACUGAUCCAUGAAAGAAUGUCAUUAGUGAUUAUGUCAUUGAUUUACCAAUCCAAAUCGGCAAGUAAAGCAAGCCUAUGCAUAGAAUGUGGUGCGAUUUUUGUAUGGACGGAGACUAUUAUUUCUG